AGUGAGGAAAGGGUUCUGAGAGCCUUGGAAGUGAUAUUCGUGAUCACCGCGAAAUUCUCUAUCGAAUGGUGUAUGAAGUGUCGAAAAAUAAAUUUCACUGCAAGGCUGCCCUGGGUGCAUCUUAAUAAUAAUAAAAAUAUAUAUAAAAUAUUGUUUUUCAUCAUUAUUUAGACUGAAAAUCAUAAUAUAUUCAAACAUUUUUCUUCGAAAGAAUAUCGUCUCGUAUUAGAUGAUAUUCGACACUGUAUAUUAGCUACAGAUCUUGUUUUAUUUUUUGAAAAUCGAACAAAAUUAAAUCGAUUAUUAGAUGAUCAUGUGUUUGAUUGGAAUAAUUCUGAACACAUAAAAAAUGUGCAAUCAUUAACAAUGACGGCAACUGAUUUAUGUGCCACGUAUAAAUCAUGGACUAAUCAACAAAAUAUUGUAUCAACAAUUAUGGAUGAAUUUUGGGAGGAAGGAGAUGAAGAAAAACGUCAAGGACUAGAGCCAUUACCGUUGAUGAAUCGUUCAUUGGCUUAUGAAUUACCAAAAAAUCAAGUAAACUUUAUUGGCGGCAUAUGCAUUCCAUGUUACGAACUUUUAGAGAGAGUAUUACCUGAUUCAUCGCCAAUGUUAGCUGGUGCAAGAAGCAAUCUUCAAAGGUGGCAAGAAUUAGCAGACCAACAAAGAAGAAAUUCUAGGACAUCGUCGUCUCCCAUAGACGUUGCUACAGCUGAAACAACAACCAGUACUACCGAAUAUACAUCAUCAGCAUCCUCAUCAGAUCCAGCUAGAUACCCUUCGUGA